UAUGGUGAUUCUGAAUUUGGAAGUAAAGCAGAACCAAAAACAGAAAAAGAACCGUUGCUGCCUGGAAACCCUUAUGCUGCUACUAAAUGAAUAUUAUGUCCAUUUAUAUCAACAACUUUAUGGGCUUCCAUUGUGUACUUUAAGAAUAAAUAAUAUUUAUGGCCCUAAUCAAUGGGAUGUUAAGCUAGUUCCUCGAUUUAUUGAAAUUGCCCGGAAAGGAGGUAAAUUCCCUGUACAGGGAAGUGGAGACCAGCUUCGAUCAUGGUUGUAUGUUGACGAUGCUUCUGAAGGUAUCCGGUUAGCAGUUGAAAAAGGAGGAAUUGGAGAGAUUUACAAUCUGGGCACCUAUGUUGAGUUGAAUGUAAAACAAGUAGCAGAUCGUGUCCAGGCGGAAGUCAAUCGUCAAUUAGGCGUUCAAGGAGAAGUAGAAUUUGAAAAAAUUCAAGACCGUCCUUACAACGACCAACGAUAUUUAAUUGACUAUUCUAAAGCUAAAGAAGAGUUGGGAUGGGAACCGAAAAUGUCGUUUGAGGAAGGCCUUGCACUCGCUGUCACUUCACAUUUACGCACCAAAACUGAACCUGAGCAAAAAUUGUCUGUUAUAAUUUAUGGAGGUAAAGGAUGGGUUGGGCUUCAAGUUCAGCAAGUACUUGAGGAAAAAAGUAUACCAUAUGUCUUGGCUAAAUGCAAAAUUGGAAUUGAUUCAGAGGAAAACGUAAUCGAGGAACUUCUCCAAUUGCGUGGAACUCACGUCCUUUGCUGUACGGGAAGAACACAUGGAGGGAAUUAUAAAACGAUUGAAUAUUUAGAAGGGGGACCCGAAAAAGAUUUUGAAAAUAUUAGAGACAAUCUUUACUGUCCUCUAGCUUUGGCUAUAAUUUGUAAAAAAUUGGGACUUCACUAUAGCUAUAUAGGCACAGGAUAUUUAUUUGCUUACGACGAAGGAAGGCACAAAGUUGGAGGUGUACCUUUCAGUGAAAAAGAUCUGCCUACGUUCUUUGGAAAUUCUUAUUCUGUCGUAAAAGGCUUCACUGAUAGAAUGAUCCAACGGCUUAACUAUCAAGAAUGUUUAAACGCUCGUAUCACACUUCCAUUAAAUUUUGAUUUGGAAAGUGACCGAAAUUUGCUCUCAAAAAUUAUAAAAUAUAGGCAAAUUUUCGACAUACCAGUUUCAAUCACUAUAAUGCCUGAUUGCUUGCCUGCUUUAAUCCAGUUAAUGAUUAAACGACAUACGGGUACUAUAAACUUGGUCAAUCCUGUACCUAUAAGUCUGGCAACAAUUUUGGAUUUGUACAGGGAGGUUGGAAAACUUUUUAAUAUUUUCUUUCAAGUAAUAAACAGUGCUGGGGUGGUGCUGGGGGUAUUGGCCGUUUUGUGUCUCCGACUCCGACCCUUUUUAAAUUCACGACUCAGACUAAUGAAAUUUCAAGAUCUUAGCAUUGUAGCAAGCUCCCGGAGCCAUAUUUGUUGUUGUUUGGGGUUUUUAGGAAGUGAAGAGAAGCUGAAGAAUUUUUUUCUUCGGUUCGGUUCAACUGAGGAAUUUUUGAUUCGCCGGAACCGAACCGAAGAACUCUCUUCCUCAAACCGAUGAACAGACUCUCUCUCUCUCUCUUUCUCUCUCUCAUCCCCUCUUUAAAUCGGAAUUUUGGCAUCGAUCUAAUCAAUAUAAUGAAGAAGGAUCAUAUUAUUAUUAUUAUUAUUUCCCUAAAUUUCCCAAAUUUUUCAGCAUUUUGACUCUUCCCUUCCCGAAUUUGAACGUAUUUCAAUUGAAUCUGAAUUAGGACAACAAUUAUACGCAACUAAAGGAAACUGUGCUUUGGACACUUCACUUUUGGAAAGUUUGUGUCCUGUUA